AUGGGGCGCCCGAAAAGCUCAGGAAAGUCGUUCGUCGAGUGGUGCAAUGAGAACGGGCAGCGCGGGGCGAGGCUCCUUCUCGAGUGCAGGGAGAAGGACCCGAGCAAGCUCACGAAGGCGUCACACGACAAGGCGCUGUGGAAGUGCGCGGAGGAGAAGUGCCGGCACAAGUGGCGGGCGCAGGUGAGCGACCGCACGAAGAGCGUCAAACCCAGGGGAUGCCCGAAGUGCGCGAAUAGAAUGCCGCACAGCAAGACCAACAACUUCCUCACGUGGUGCGACGCCAACGGUGAGCGCGGGAAGAGACUCCUCGAGGAGUUUUGCGAUACGGAGAAAAAGCCCGAGGAGCUUACGAAGUCGUCGGACUACAAGGCGCUGUGGAAGUGUCUACAUAAGAGGUGCAAGCACGAGUGGAGUGCGACGGUGGCGAGCCGCACGAGAAGCGUCAGACCCGCCGGGUGCCCUGGGUGCGACCGUCUACGUAAGAAGGACGCGCCCGACGCGUGAAGAGACGCGGCUUUCAGCCCCGCUGCGAUACCAAAUCUAAAACGCUACGAUCACCACCCCCCCUCCUCCGCCGAUCCCCCUCACCCCGUGUACGCGCUGCACGCGGGGUUGCUCGGACAGUUCGCCUCCUCGAACGCCUCCAACCCGCUCCACGCCUCCACGUCCGCGCACGCGCUCGCGCAGCUCCCGAACACGUACCUCCGUAUCGUCCCCGCAGACUUCAUCGCGUCGUCGUCGUACGCGUCCCUCA